AUGGUCCGCACUUCCGUCCUCCACGAUGCUCUUAACAGCAUCAACAAUGCCGAGAAGAUGGGCAAGCGCCAGGUCAUGAUCCGGCCCUCGUCCAAGGUCAUUGUCAAGUUCCUGCAGGUCAUGCAGCGCCACGGCUACAUUGGCGAGUUCGAAGAGGUCGACAACCACCGCUCUGGCAAGAUCGUCGUCCAGCUCAAUGGCCGUCUCAACAAGUGCGGUGUUAUCUCUCCCCGCUACAAUGUCCGCCUGGCUGAGCUCGAGAAGUGGGUCACCAAGCUCCUUCCUGCUCGUCAGUUCGGCUAUGUCAUCCUCACCACCUCGGCUGGUAUCAUGGAUCACGAGGAGGCUCGCCGCAAGCACGUUGCCGGCAAGAUCAUUGGCUUCUUCUACUAA